AUGAUGUUUUCCAUGGCCAGAAACGCACUAUUCAGUCUUAAGAUUCAGCGCAUUAAGCAAAUGGUGGCAAGACAGAACCACCAACAAUACUCACCAGAUUUUCAUGACAAAUAUGGUAAUACUAUACUAGCCAGUGGAGCAACUUCCUGUGUUUUGGCAUGGGUAUUUGUAAUCACACAGAUUGGACUACAAUGGAACCUGUCUCCUGUGGGCAGAGUCACCCCAAAGGAAUGGAAAGAGAAGUAG